AUGCUUGUCCCCUUCUUCCUCGCUCUCUCCCUGGCCCUCGUCGCCAGUGCGUCGGCAGCAGCCUCCGCGGCGGCUGCGGCGGGCGUGCCACCGGCCUCGGCGCCGUGGGUGCCCAUCGCCGACACCGGCAACUUCUUCUACCGGCAGGUGGGCAACUUCUCGCUGCUGAUCCGGGCGCUGGUGUUCAGGGAGUACCUCGACCUGGUGGAAGUGGUCUCCGGGAGCGUGCAGGCCGCCGGCGCCGGCAACAACUACAGCCUCCUCCUGCGGGCAGCGGACCGGAACGGGACCGUCGGCCGGUACCAGACGGUGGUCUGGGGCGUGCCCGGGUCCAGGGACUGGACGUGGAAGGUCAUCUCGUUCCAGCGCAUCACCGGCAACUGA